UUUUCCAGGACGCGUGGGAACCCUGAUUUGGCCUAAAGUCACCUGAAAACAGGCAGGAGCUGGGAUUGGGCUGAGGAAAACUUCUGGAUGCAACUGUGAAGAGGAGGAAAAGCCAAAAGAGGAGAAGAGAAAGUGAUACAGCAGAGACAGGAGCAGCAGGAGUUGGACAGAGGGGAUAGGAGGAAGGAAAAGUCUGAGUGUUGAUGGACAACUGAACAAGAGGCAGAAAAGAAGAGAAACAAAGGGAACACUCACCUGACCCACCUCUCUGCUCCCCAGGUGGAGCAACCUCCCUCUCCCCCUCCCCUUCCUCCCCCCUAUAAUGGGCCGCCUGCUGGCCCUGACCCUCGCCUACCUGGCCUACCACCUGUUGGCCACCGCAAUUGCCUCAGAGCGCCAGCAGCACCGUGUGCAGCACGGCCCCUGCAGCUACACCUUCAUCCUCCCUGAGGUGGAACACUGCAAUCCUUUGCAGAACUUUCAGGUUACUAACACUCUCCAGAGGGACUCCCCACCUGAGGCUGAUCAAAACACAAGCCAACCCAAGCCGGGGAAGGCCCAGAAGGAGAGGCCUUCCUGGCAGGAGAGGAAGUUGGAAAAUCUGGAGAAUGCCAUGGAGAAUAACACCCAGUGGCUGCAGAAGCUGGAGAACUUCAUCCAGGAGAAUGUGCGCUCUGGGAUGGAGGAAAUAAAGAGAACUGCGGUACAUACCCAGACAGCUGCCAUGCUAGAGAUGGGAACCAACCUCCUCAGCCAAUCAGCCGAGCAGACCCGCAAACUGACAGACGUUGAGACCCAGGUGCUAAAUCAGACGAGUCGCCUGGAGAUUCAGCUACUUGAGUACUCGCUCUUCACUAACAGGCUGGAGAAACAUAUUCUACUACAGACUCAGGAGAUCUCACGGCUCAGUGACAAAAACGGUUUCCUGGAACAGAGGCUCUUAGCGCUGGAGGCUCGGUAUGGGAGGGAGCUGCAGGGCUUACAGAGCGAAAAGCAGCAGCUUCAAGAGCUUCUGGAGAGGCAGAGUCGACUGGUCAGUCAGCUGCAGGGUGAACUGUUCAGUUCUACGCUCAACAGCACCCUGCUACAGAGUCAGCAGGCUGCUCUCACAGACACUGUUCAGCAGCUGCUGGCUAUGGUCAACCACUGCAACGAAAUUUCCAAUUUACCAAAAGGGGAGCCGCUUACUUUCAGAGACUGCACUGACAUCCUGCGAUCUGGAGUGACGGAGAGUGGAAUAUACAGUAUACGCCUUGCUAACUCCACACAGACUGUCAAGGUGUUCUGUGACAUGAAGACUAGAGGUGGCGGGUGGACAGUACUGCAGCAUCGAAGGAAUGGCUCAGUUGACUUCCAUCGUGGUUGGAGGGACUACAAAGUGGGCUUUGGAGAUCCAUCUGGGGAGCACUGGCUGGGAAAUGAUAUCAUCCACAAAUUGACCAGCUCCCAAGAAUACAGUCUUCAUGUCCAGCUAAAAGACAGAGAGGGGAACGAGGCAUUCUCACAUUACGACAGCUUCUACAUAGACGGGGAGGAAAACAACUACAGCCUUCAUGCCGAGGGCUUCAGUGGCACAGCUGGACGCACCAGCAGCCUCACCCACACCGGCACCCAGUUCAGUACCAAGGACAGAGACAACGAUCGCUGCACCUGCAAAUGCGCUCAGCUCGCAUCAGGAGGUUGGUGGUUUGAAGCGUGCGGUCCAUCCAACCUGAAUGGCAUAUAUUACCCCAGUUCAUCCACUGUGGUCCGCUACAAUGGUAUUAAGUGGUACUACUGGAAAGGUCCCAAUCUGAUGUCUACCAUGACAACCAUGAUGGUGCGCCCUGCAAACUUCGGAUGACGAGGCUUGACCAGGAUGUGAAUUUAAGAAAUGAAUGUAACGCCUGAAAAAUAUAAUGAACAUAUCCAGAAAGUCCUAUAUUUUGGGAGGAAGUUCAUCAUCAGACUGUUGGUGGUUACAGCUUUUGGACAUCUUAAAAGAGUGCAGCAGAAAUUGUCUGGAGACGUAUGCAGACUCUCAGCAAAAUGACAUGGUUUUGGUGUAUUCCUGAGCAUCUUUUCAAAAAGUACACAGAUUUAAUUUUUAAAAAUAAUUGUGCAGCUAUGACGAAUGAGAGAGGGAGUAAGCUUUGCUACAGAUGACCAAAACACAACCAAACAUGUUAUCAGUUACUCGACCAAAAAUACAAAUUCAAUUGAUAAACAGACACUUCGCCUAUUUUUAUAUUAAAGAGUGAAAAUGUAUGUUCUGUUAUAUCAUGUUGUGUGUGUAAAAUAUUAUUUACUAUGAAGUCAAAUUGCUAUGUGCUUUAUUUACCAGCCCCCACAGGAUGUCAGGAUGUUGCCAAUUAACACACAUUCAAACAAUCCCUGAGCAAUCUGCAUGGCUGUACAAUUUUGUACAACCACCACAGCUUUUUAGCCACUGUAACCCAUCACCCUUGUUUGUUAAAUAUGCCACAAAACUUCCUUCCACAUUGAUAAAAAUAACCCCUUAAAUACCAAGUAUUGAUGCUACAUACCAGACGUUUACUUUAUUUAUACUGUGAAGCACACAGCUACCACCUUCCAAUCGCCUCUCUUCAAGGUGCUUUCCAAUUCUUCUAGCCUUAAACCAGAGCACUUUUUACAGACUUUGCACUGUAAAUCAUUCACAAUGAAUCAAUACUCAACGUCUUCUUGUGGUUCUUUUUCCACUUCGUAGCUUUAAAAACUGCAAGCUGUCCAAUGCCUUGGGUUAACUCUAAGGCUUUGUUUCUAACCCCCAACCAGCCAGAGGGCUCUGUGUGGGUCACCAGUGAUCUCAAAGAGGAAUUGUAGGGUAUGAUCGUAAUCCCUCCGUGUCUUAGUUUUCCUUAUAUGCUAAUGCAGCCAGCAAAAUAACAAGAAGAACAGCAUUAAGGCCUGCAUACACCAAGGCUGUUUUUUGUUUGCGAUGGCGCCGCCUAUUUUCUAUACAAAACCAGUUAAGCAGGGAUUACAGCACCCCAAGAUGAAAGUAGCUAAAUCUUUGGAAUAUCACCACCCUGGUCAAUAACAACUCAAUCACCAUCCAAUCAAAUUCAAGAAGGGGCAGGACUUCUGAUUUCAACUUUGUCAUCAACAAUGGUGGAUGUCCGUAAGAGGAUCUAAACACACUUGUUUUUCAGAGGGAACAAUUUCCAGAACCAUGUCCAGAGCUGCUGCUAAUACUGCAACAUGUUUUCUAUCAAUUGUUUCACGUUUUAUUUGUAAAAUGACAUUGAAUAAAAGUAAAAAUGAAGCAUA